AUGGCUUACCAGAAUUCCAUGCGAAGCCUACAAGAGUGCAACGAUGAGCUUCAAGACCAAUUACGCAAGCUCAAAGCGAAUUUCGAUUCUUACAAAGUCAAAAAGUUGAGGAAUCAAGCAAUUGCAAAUUCAAGCAAGGUCCCAGAUGAUGCAAUCAAGUCUUCCUGGAAGCAGAUGGCGUACAACAUCCGUAAUAUUGCCGCUACAACUCCCACAGCCAGUCUUACAGAGAAAGACAUUCUGCAGCAUGGUCACCAUUACACAGAUAAGUCAUGUGCUAUUUGCGAAAUGCCUUGCGAACACCUUGAGCUUCUACGAGAUGAUGAACUGAGAGCCAGCGUUAUCGAGGGAUACAUUUGGCGCGCAGUCUUCCGCCGUAUCUUUGAAGCCGGCGAAUCAUAUGACGGUGGCAAGAGCUGGGCUGGCAAGCCAGGGAUGCUGUUCACCGCACUGUUUCGCAGUUUGCUAGGCGAUGCCGUGAAAUGUGCAGAUGAGAUUGAAUUCUUCCAGUGGAAAGCAAGCUCUGCAGACAUGAUCGACCGUUUGAUGGGCGUCGACGAAGAUGAAAUGCAACAAGCCAUCGAUGAAGAAUACCGCGGACUCCUCAGAUUCCUUCCUCGCGACUGCGUGGACCGCAAAGCCCAGAGAAAACAGCUUCAUAGGGAGAUUGAAAAGGUUUUCAAGGGUGCAGUCGAGCUACACCGAGUCUUCAUGAAGUCCAAAGCCAACUUCUAUAUCGACUGGGCUGGGGUAUCCUCUUCUUCUGAGGAUGUCACUCGCUACCAACCAGACAUGCACGAUGCUGAGGCUUGGGAGAAGGAUCUGGAUGCCACAAGCAUCAUCAGGUUCGUCAUCUCACCUAGUCUGGUCAAGGUUGGUAACGCGGAUGGCGGCAGCUAUGACAAGCUCAAUCGUUUGGCCAAGGCCACGGUUAUUUGCGACUAG